AUGGCUGAGUCAAUAGAACUGAUCUACUCAAGACUCAGCAUUGAUGAGAGAGCGUCAAAUCAAAAUACUUUAAAUUCAGAAACUCCACCUUCUUCUGGUGAAGAUGAACUUCAAAAUGAAAAUGAAAAUUCACAAAAUCUGUUAAUAUCAGUUUAUCCAAAAAUAUUUCAUGCUUGUCAACUUGGAGAUUUCGAUGUUGUUGAUUCAUUACUAAGUACUCCAGAUUUGAAUAUAAAUGAGCUUGACGAAUAUAAUAAUUCCUUACUUUAUACAGCAUCGCUACGAGGUUAUUAUGAUAUUGUUGAGUUGUUAUUGAAAAGGGGUGCAGUAUGUGAUAGAGAUACUUUUCAAGGUGCAAGAUGUAUAUAUGGAGCUUUAACUGACGAAAUUAGGGACUUGCUUAUAGGUUAUGAUUUUUCCAAAGCGGUGGAUGUAAACCAACCUUUCGCUGGUCAUGUAUCAUCAUUUUUAACCAGUUCUUCAAACAAAGAUAUUUAUUUCAAAUUUAAUCAAAUGGAUCUAAAUUCUGACUUAUCUGGGUUUGCUUUGCAUAGGUUUUUGUUAGCCGCUAGAAGUCCAUAUUUUAUGAAAAAAUUUACUAAUGAUUGGAAAUCUUUAUCAGUAAUACAAAUGCCAAAUGAUAUUGAUCCACAAGCAUUUAAAGGAAUAAUUGACUAUAUAUAUUUAAGAACUGACUCAAUGGCCAUAACUAAUUCCAAACUUCAUCUGAAAAUACUAGCGUUGGCUAAAAAAUAUGAAUUGCAUGAUUUAGUUGAAGGGGUGAAUGAGGUAUUCAGCACUGAUGAUGAAAAAGAACAAUACAAAAUUAAACAUGCUUUGGCGUUGAAAUUUGUUGAAAAAGCUAGAAAAGAUUUACUGGCUUUAUUGGAAAAUGAAAUCAUACUUCAAAAACAUAGUUUAAAUUUAGCCUUGAAAGAGAAUGUUGAAUUGGAAGAUAUUGAUUGUCAAAAUUACAUAAAUGAAGAAAUAAAGGAGAAGUUAUUGAAUCUUAAUUCAAUACCAGAUGUGAUUCUUGCAAAUAUUGAUUCAGUUAAUGAAACAAUUACAUAUUAUCCAGCACACAAAUCCAUUCUAGCAAGAUCAGAAUAUUUUGACACUAUGUUUAAAUCUGAUAUAUUUAAAUAUGCUGAAGAAGACAUACCUACCUAUAAAGAAGGACAAAUUUCUGUAGUGAAUAGACCCCAGUUGGAGGCAAUGCAUCUACCAGUCAUUAGGCUUUCUUGGAGCAGUUCUAAUGAAAAAGUCGACUCAAUGGUGCUAUCGUAUCUAUAUCACGAUGAUGUUGAUACAAUUCCUUUAGAAAACACAGUUGAAUUGCUUUUUGCUGCUGAUGAAUUAUUUUUGGAAAGAUUAAAAACAAUAGCCGCUGUUAGAAUUAGUUCACAUUAUACCAAAUUCAGCUACAAAGAAUUUACUGAUCUCAAAAUUGAUCUCGAUUAUGACGCUUACGAUUUAAUAAGAAUUGCAUGGCAAACUAGGUGUGAUAAACUAGAACAACAUAUAACGAAAAUGAUAGCGUAUAAUUUGCAGAAGAUUUACGAAGAUGAUCAAGAAAGUUCAAAACUAUCGACUCUUAUCAAUGACUCAGCAGCUAGAAUUAAGGAGAGACAAGUUACAGAUACUAUUGAACUUGUUGAUGAUAUUAGAUACUAUUUAUCUAAAAAAUAUGCAUUAGGUGAUGAUCAUGAAACUUUUGAUCCAGCUAUUGGUUUAUCUGAAAAAAGGGAAAAUAUAAAGUUGUAUCAAAUGGCAUUGAUAGAUUAUAACCGGGAUAUUGAAGUUAUUGAUCAAUAUUUGGACGCUUUAAACCUUGACGCUUAG